AUGCCCAGCAUGACGUCGAGCAAGUCCUUCCGGGCCUCCAUCAUACCUGCGUCCUUCUCCAUGCUGCGGUCCAACACUGAUCCUGAGUCGUCGACUCCUUCGUCCUCGGCCUCUUCCACCGCUGGAACUUCGACUUCGACAUCCCACGAUCCCCGCAAGAAAACCUGGCACAAGUCGAAUACCGUCGACCUUUCCCAGCUGCGAGACAAUAGCUCCAAUCCCGGUUCUGCACCCAAUUCCGACAAGCAGGACGCCGUACGACACGACAAAGAGAGCACCUCCAACGCUCAAGCUCACACUCGCUCACCCGAACGGCCCAAGACCCUCACCAAGCGCAGCAGCGGCGGGAACUCCAACAAGUCUGCAACUCUGCCCAAGUCUCAGUCCACAACCAACCUACCACCUGCCAAGCAGUCAAACCGAAAAUCUAGAUUCCGUCUCUCAUCGCUUCUCCCCUUAAUCACGCUGCCUUCGGAAUCCUCACCGGCUUCGCCCAAAAAGAUGCCAGCCAAGCAAGCACCACCACCACCGCCUGUGCCAGCGCCAACAACGGCACCACCUGCACCGCCAACAACAGCACCAGCUGCGGCACCUCCACAACCUGAAGCACAACCACCACCCGUGCCAGUGCCAACGCACUCCGUACCUGCGGCCGUUGCAACCGCCACGGCUCCCGCUCCCGUUGCCGCACCCUCUCCUGCACCCACCAAAUCUUCCUCUCCCACCAACACCUCCACCACCACUAACACGGUGACAACGGCCGCAACGGCUCCCACAACCCUUGACUACAGUCCAUCGUCCAGCACCCCGAGCAUCGUCGAGCCCAAGGCCCACAUGCCCGAAGACCAUCGCCCAGGCUUGGCCAUCACUACCCAGGAUCUGAACCUUACUGGGUUUGGUGGUUCCCCGCCCAGCGAAGUCUCAAUUCCUACACGUGGGAGCGACAGUCUCGAGAUGCCUCAGCCAAGCCCCAACCCCCAGAUCAUGGCCCCGAUCCCGCCAUCACCUGAGAUGCAACGGGCUGUUCUGACUCCUCAGGAACCCAUGGUCCCCCCUCCCCCUCCUCCGACGGCUCCCGUGGAGCACAGUGGAAAGCUGCGCAAGGAGAACCCCGACGCUCGGCGAAGGAGCGGCUCCCUCCAGCACAUUGCGAAUGGCGGCGAGCCUCCCGUGCAGGGCCUUAAGACGCGGACAACAUCACCUGGUCCCGAUCGUGGCCGUCGAUCAUCAUCUGUUCAGUCCCCCACCGUGCGCAACAGCAACAGCAAGAGCCGCGUUGUCUCGACGCCGCUUUCCAUCCGACCCAGCUCAUCCAAGGGCGAUGUUAGCCAGAGCCCGACCCGGGGUCGUCUUCGCCGAAGUUGGCUGCCCGGCGGCGGAAGAUCCCGCUCAAACUCUGUCGAAGUUUCCAACGCAAACGAAUCGAGCGCCUGGGUCCUGUCUGACGACACACGAGCCGAGUACAAUGUCUCGUUGCUCAAGAACGGAGAAAAGGUCCCCGAGCUCUGGAACGAGAGCGGAGCUGUGCUCGUUUACCUGUACCCCAAGGACAGCGGCCACGGACCGGCGUUCAAGGUCCAGGAAUUCACCAUCAGCUCGUCCUACAUCUUUAAUGAACUCAUUCAGACAGAGCGAGAAGCGCCCGCCGGUCGAAGCCGAGCUAGGAGCUUUGGUGGGCGUGAUAGCUUGACUGCCGAAGACGCGGCCCGAUACCUCUCCCCGCCAAACUCGCCGCCCAUCCCUGACGAUGGAUCCGAUGACCUUCGCCUUUAUCUGCCUACCGCCCCGUCUAGCUCCGGGCAGCUCGCGGCGCCUGUCCCCGGUGCGCAGCCGGACCUCGACCGGCUGAUCGGUAUCCGAAAUUUGUUCGCUUUCUUGACCGGACAGCCUCUGGUAGCAACCAAGACGCGACCUACCAACUUCCACGCCUUUCUUCAGAUCGCCGCGCUCCUGGAGGAGUUUGGCUUCGUGAGCUUCGAUGGCGCCACUUUUGGAGAUGCGGUCGACCUCAGCUUCGGCUUCUACAUGGACCAGCACGCUCUUGCGGACUGCAGACACAGCAGGGAAAAGACACUGGAGGCAUUGAUUCUCGGCGAGCGCAUGCGAUCUUCAGACCUUUACAAUGAAGCAUUUGCUCAUGCUGCAGGGAAGUACGCUGCUAUUAUGGAGCUCCGACUGCCCCUGUUCGAGCAGGUUUCGCCCAAGACUCGCGUGAGCCUCGAACGUGCCCAUCUGGACUUGCUCAACCGACAGCACAACGCCAACCAGCACCUGGAAAACUUUGACUUCCCGGCCAUCUUUUCUGGCAUUGCCAACUCGACCUCGAUGGCGGAACUCAGACAUGUGCGCUUCAAGGUGUGGAAGAACUCUUUCAGCAAGAUGCGACACUUUGUCAUGAGCUACUACAAACACACGUUUGGUAACUGGCCCCCCAAGGCCAGCAGCAAGAAGAACCCGUUCGCCGAAAGCGGACUGAACAGACUGGUCCUCAAGGUCCUGUACUCGGAUAUGUGUGCGUUGUAUGACCUGAUUGUGGACCGAACCAACCGCACCUCCAGAGUCAUGGACGAGGUGCCGGCUCUUUCUGAAGAGACUGACAAGAUGAUCAUGUCGGCUCUUCGAAACAUCAUGUCUGAGUUUGAUCGCUCAAAGCCACCCGUCCUCCCGCCCGUUCCUUACGACUGCCCCCAGCUGCCCGUGGCCACAUCGAUUCUGGAGACGUAUGACACGCUUCCUCCCAAGAAGCAGGCCAAAUUCGACAAGAACAUCAAGGAGCACGAGCUCAUCCUCAUCCUCAACAAGGCGUACAACUACGAUACCAACAGCAUCAAGGUCCCCUUCCUGGACAAGUUCAAGGAAUUUGAGUUGCGAGAGGCCCGAGGUAAGACGCCACUGGACUUUGCUGAUCAACGCAUUGGCUACUGGCUCUUCCUCUAUACGGUGAUUCAGUCGCUGCCUGUCCUUGUGGUGGACGCCCCAGGCAUGCAGUUUACCGAGGGGGUUGAGUACUUCCUUUGCGAGCCUCCCAUGGGUAACCCCCCGUGGAUUGGAGACCAGCAGGUCAAGAAGAUGUGGUAUGAGGUGGCUGGAGGAGGUGGCCUGGUGGAGUUGUCUACCGACGCGGUCCUCUUUAGUGUGGAAGCCACCUACCACCGAAGUCACUGCUGGCUUGCUGCUGCGCAGUGGGAUGAGAACGGCGGUUCAGCGCUUCCUGUACAGGCCACGGAACCGCCUCUGUCACCGCUCGAGCCUCCUCGCUCCAUGUUCUUGGACGGCGAUGACUUUGUUCCCACCCCGCCCCCAUCUUUUGGCGGACUGAACACUCCUCCCUCGCCCAUGGGUAGCCCUCAGGCUGCCUUGCGACCCCGAACACACUCCCCAAGCGGAAGCCGAGCCAACCAGGCCUGGCGAUCCAGCAUUGCCCUUGGUCUUGAGCCGGUGCCUCUCCAGCCCCCGAGCCCCUUUGGAGAGCGUAGUAGCUCCCUGGGAGGACGACCUGCCAGUGUCAUGCUCGGCUCAAGAAGCCAGUCUGUCGGCAACCUGACCGCCUUGGGUAACGCUCAUGGCUCCCAACAGGAGUCUCCUCCUCCGGAACCAUCUGGAGCCACCUUUGACGACAUCUUGGGUAACGAAGGCAAGAAGCCAAAGAAGAAGAAGGGAUUUUUCUAA